GUUUCGUUUGCGGUGCUAGGAGGAAGCGUGCGGAGUUAAGAAGACGCCUCCGAGGGAGCUUUCGUGGUGGUGAGGGGCCUCGAGCGGCUGUGAUGGCGCAGGUUUUGAACCUCAACAAUGAGGUUGUCAAAAUGAGAAAAGAAGUGAAGAAAAUCAGAGUUCUAACAAUUCGGAAACUAACUAGACAUAUUGCUAAAUUGAAGGGGAAAAAGGGUACUGAAGAUGCAGUGUUGAAAAACCAUAGACGUGCACAGAGAUUACUAGAAGAAAUUCAUGCCAUGAAGGAGAUAAAACUUGAUCAGGUUACCAAAUCAGCACUUGGGAGAGAAAUUGACUUUGGAAUUAUCUGUAAAAAGCCUAGCUCUACAGCAAGAGACAGAGCAAUUGCUAGAUUGACAUCUCAUCCACUACUGAAGACCAAAAUUGCUAAUAUUAAAGCUGCGGUGGAAGCCUUUAAAAAUGCAAGACAGAAGCCAGUUAAAGAACAAGAAUUGGAAGAGCAACUUAAUAAGCCUUAUGGGGAGACCCAGCAUUCUAUUAGUAGUGAAACACUUAAACAAGCUGAAUCUCAAGAUAAAACAAAGGCAAAUGAAAAGCCAAAAAUUGACAUGGGAAAAAAGCACAUUUCUGAAAGUGGGAUGCAGAAAAUGGCAAAUAGUGUGAAAAAAUGUCCGUCAUACACUUGUGCUGUGAGUGACACUAAACAUCAUAAAUUAAUUCAUCAGGACCAAAUUGGAAACUCUGAAUAUUCAGAAGAAAAAGUAUAUUUGAAUGACAAUGUAAACAAGAAAGUAGGUGACUGUGAUAGAGAUCCAAGUGAAAGUGAGGAAAGUGGAAAGGAGGAAUGUUUUGAUGACAGUACAGAAGAAAGGUUUUAUAAUCAAUCUUCCAGUACUGAUGAAAGCAACAAUAAUGAUGAUUUCUUCAUUGGCAAAGUAAAGAGAAUGAAAAAAAGGAAAGCAGCUAAUUCUUCACAGCCUACAGAUCAAAAAAUUAGAAAUAUGCUGCUAAAAAAACCAAAGGAUCCUCAAUGUGACAUGAUGCUGGGCACAAAUUCCAAAGACAGCAAUCAGCGCUCGAAAGCAGAGAAGCUUGAAUCUAUUUUUUAUUAUUCAUUGUCCAGCACUCAAAAACCUGAACAUGUGAAAAGAAAUGUUAGAGACCAUCUUCCUAGAAACAAGACAACUUUUGAAAAAAAUCACCCACAGAAACGGAUGCCUAAAAGUUUGGCUUUGAAGCGUAAUAUCGAGAGGAACCCUCCAGAGCAACCCCUUCAUCCAUCAUGGGAAGCAAGCAGAAAAUUGCGAGAGCAAAUAUCUCAAAUUACAGCAUUCCAAGGGAAAAAAAUUAAAUUUGAAGAUUAGAAUUUUCUUUUUAAAAAUGCAUCUCUGAUUUUUAGCUGUUUUUGCAAUGUUGGAUAUUGUUACAAUCCUUGCAGCGUGUGUGCAAAGCAGAAUAAGCUAAAAAGAUGAUUUUGAGGAAAAAUAAUUUUUCAUUGAGCAACUUUAGUUGCUUAUUAUCCAAGAGAGGAAGAAGGAAGCUCCAAAUAGCUAAAUUAAAACUAACAAGACUAUGGAUUCUUAUUUAUUUGACCUUCAUUACAGUACUAUGUUUGCUUUGCAUGCAGUUACAUUCUAAUUCAGUUGCAAGGUUGAUGUUAUGGUUUAUUUGUUCGUUUUUGCCAUUUAGCCCACUACUCACUGCUUUUUCCCUGCGGUUAUAGAUAUGAAACAGAAAAAUGUAUUCAGUCUCACAAAUAACACUGAUGAAUCUGAUGAAAGUAGACUGGUAUCCUUGAAAGAUUAUGCCAUAAUAAACCUAUAAUUUAAAAUACCACAUGACUUCAUUUCGGGCAUGAAAUGUGGCU